UGUCGUCGGCACUGAGCGCGAUCUCUGAGGACGCGCCGCCGGGGACGGUGGUGGCCCUGGUGCACGCACAGGACCGGGACUCGGGGGCGAACGGGGAGGUGCGGUGCAGCCUCGCCGAGCGGCUGCCGUUCCGCCUGGGGAGGGCGUUUUGUAAUUACUACCGCCUGCUGGCGGCGGGCAGCGGCGCCUUGCGCGGCGUGCCGGCCUCGCACUUCGUGGGCAUCGACGGCGUCCGCGCCUUCCUGCACUCCUAUUCGCACGAGGUGUCGCUCACCGCCGACUCGCGCAGGAGCCAGCUCCGCUUGUCGGGCGGCAGCUGCUGCGACACCCUCCCGGCCCGGCCGCCGCCUGAGGCAGCCGUCUCUAUGGGAGAUCACCUUGCCGAGAUUGUUAGCCAAGUUUCCUUUCAGGAGCGGGGCAGAGGCUCGCUGGUGGGGCCGCUGGCGCGGGACCUGGGGCUGAGCCCGGCGGAGCUGCCGGCACGCAAGCUGCGGAUAGUCUCUGGUGAUGAAAAGCAAUACUUCACUCUCGGGGAAGAUAAUAAAAAUCUGCGGGUAAACGAGAGGAUAGACCGAGAAAGCGUCUGCGAGGCCGUGUCGCCGUGUGUCCUCAGUUUGGAGGCAGUCGUGGAAAACCCUUUCAAUAUAUUUCAUGUAAGCGUUACUAUCCAGGAUAUCAAUGAUAAUGCGCCGCAGUUUGACAGAGAAUUUGUUGCCAUAGAAAUGAUCGAGUCCACGCCUCCUGGGGCCAGGUUUCUACUGAGCAGUGGCAGAGACCCCGAUAUUGGGGCGAACUCAUUACAAAACUACCAACUUACCCCCAACCCGCUCUUCAGUCUUGUAGUGAGGGAGAGUCCUGAUGGGACAAAGCAGCCGGAAUUAGUGCUGGAGAAAAGCUUAGAUCGAGAAAAACAGAGAAGUCACCAUUUGAUACUGACGGCCGUGGAUGGCGGGGAUCCAGUUCGAUCCGGGACUGCCCAGAUUAAGAUUAAUGUGACCGACGCAAAUGACAACCUGCCAGUAUUCACCAAAGAGAUCUAUAAAGUUCGACUGCUGGAAAACCUGCCAAAGGGCUCCUUAGCUUUUCAGGUGAAAGCUACUGAUGGCGAUGAAGGUACAAAUGCGGAAAUUACCUACUCUUUCAGUGACAUCGCAAACAGUGCUCGCCAGCUCUUCACUCUGGACUCCAGGACAGGGGACGUGAAGGUUACAGGCCCCUUGGAUUAUGAAGAAGGGAAAUAUUAUGAAGCGACUGUUGAAGGCAAGGAUGGAGGCGGGCUCAGUGCACACGCCAAAGUACACAUAGACAUUCUAGACGUGAACGACAAUGCGCCAACUGUCUCCCUCCUGCCUAUUUUAAACCCGAUACCCGAAGACUCCGUCAUGAGCACAGUUGUAGCUGUGAUCAAUGUCCGUGACAGAGACUCGGGGGAUAACGGGGAAGUGAGCUGCAACAUCGACGGCGAUUUGCCUUUCAGACUAGAAGGGUCUUCAGGGAACACCUAUAAACUCAUAACAGCCAGUGCCCUGGACAGAGAAAAGGUCACCGCUUAUAAUAUUACCAUCACUGCCAGGGACAGGGGCAGCCCGGCGCUGUCUAGCCGCGCGGCGCUGGUGCUGGAGGUGUCGGACGUGAACGACAACGCGCCGGUGUUCGAGGAGGCCGCCUACAGCGCCUACGUGGCGGAGAACAACGCGGCGGGCGCGCCGGUGCUGCGCGUGCGCGCGCGGGACGCGGACGCGGGCGCCAACGGGCGCGUGAGCUACUGGCUG